UUUUUAGAGCAGUUUUAGGUUUACAGAAAAAUUGAGCAGAAAGUAUAGAAAAGCCCUAUAUAUACAUCACCCCAGUUUCCUUGAUUAUUAACAUCUUGAGUUAGUGUGGCACAUUUGUUACAGGUGAUGUGUACCUUCACAUUCUGUGUCGCUUAGUGCCUGGUUCUCUAUGUACAUUCACCUGAGGGUUGAAAGUGGUAUUACUCCCUAUGUAGUUAUAGAUGAUGGACACUCAAGGAUGUUGCUAAAUUGUCCUGAAAACCUUCCUGUUCAGAGUAGCAGGGACUGAGGAUUUGUAUGUCUAAGAGAGUAAAUCUUGUGACUAUUUGGAAUAUGGCCACUAAGACUGUUAAAACUGUAUGUGAUUAGAUUUUGCAGCCAUCAGCACAGGUGAACUGUUUUAUUAUUUUUUUUCCCUAUGUAAGUUUUCAGAAAUCCAAAAACAGAAUAAUACAGCAGAUUCUCAGAAAACGUCGUUUUGUUAUAAAGUUGAUGAGGGGCCGUAGGAACUUAACUCUUGUUAAUAUCAAUUAGUCUUUGGUAAAAAUGUUUUCAUUAUAUGUCGUUUUGCUUAAAGUCACAGAACCUAUUCAGAAUGUUUAGGGAGCACUUACUGUAUUAUGAUCGCCAUAGACCCAUCUUCCAAAUUCAGCAAUUAUUAACAUUUUGCCACACUUGCUUUGCUUAUCUCCUCCCUCAACUCCUCCCCACCUUUUUUUGUGGCUCUAAGAUUUUAAAACAAAUUCCUCAUUGCUUGUUAUUUCAACCCUAAAUUAUUCUAUAUGUACCUCUAAGAAAAUAAGGACCUUUUGAAUAUAAUCACAGUGCUAUUAUCAUACCUACCAACAUUAGUAAUUCUUUAAUAUUACUUAAAAUCAAGUCCUUUAAAAAUUUUCCCUGGUUGUCUCAAAGUUAUGGGCAAAUAAGUUUUACAUUUGGACUUUCAGAACAGUGUGCUCUGUGUUCAUACUGACCAAGAAAGAAGGUGGACUGUGUGCUAGAUCACAGUCCUUUCCUCCAGUGACCUCCUUUGAAGAUCACUAACUCUUAGGAUGAUCAGGAAGUGCUGGAGGGAAGGUCUGCCUUAUUUCGCCCUAACCCUUCAUCUUUUGGGGCAUUCAACAGUCAGUCAACCUAUAUUGACAGGGUCUAAGCACUGUGCCAGAUUUGGGGAUUUGAAGGCAAAUCACACCCUCUCUUCUCUUUAGACCCGUGUGGUAAUUCUCUGAGAAAAAUAAGAUGACGAAAUCUGAAAAGAGCUAUGGUCCCUUUACCUAGGAAAAAUCCAGAGUUUUAAGAGGUUUUAUGGCCACCCUGAAAUCUGCCUGUGGACCCAAGUUAGGACUCAUAUUCUAGUAGGAUUCGUUGAGAAACAGGGAGAGGGUAAAGAGAUUCAUGAAGGCCAUCAGGUCCAUUGAGUACAGAGAAGAACCAGAACUCAAGUGGCUGGGGGCUGGUGGAAGGUGCAAGAGGACCUGGUACCUCCUGGAUCCCUUUCUUGCUCUAAGGUGUUGCUGUGUGGGCGGCUGAAGAGCUCUAACUUUGCUGUGAGCUUAGUUUGAGGCUGAAUUUUGAAUCUAGUACUUGUGAACUGGGUCACGUUUUAACUAUUCUCUUUGAAAUUGGUUUCUUACUCAUCCAGUCAGAUUAUUAAGUGAAUACAUAGUGAACACUGUGUAUAAACCAGGUCCCUUUCACUAGUUAAUGUCAACUGGAGAUAAUGACACCCACCACCCGUGUGCCGGUACAAGGAUUCAAUAAAAAUACCUUUGCUAUAUGUCUAGUUCAAUGCUCAUUACAAUAUACAGGUCUGGGGUUCAGCGGGAUCAGCCAUUGGGGCCGAUUCUGUUUGUUUAGACAUUUCCUGCAUUGCAUGUGGAAUUGGACAAGUUUCUCCCUAGCAGCUCUGUUUGCUGGUGAUCGGAAAUGCUGUCUUGUUGGUUUGAGUUCCUUUUCUCCUGUUUUUCCAGUGCCUCUUUCCAAUUCCAACUCAGCACUGCAGCUGUCAUUGUCUAAGCCUGUGAAGCUCUGCAGAAGCUAUCAUGAAGGAGCUGGAAGACUCCCUCCCUUAGUGGUCUUCCCUGUCAGUGGAGGCGAGAGGGGAUCAUUACUUUUCAAGCCCGCCUACCUUUGGGUUCCUGUUGGACAUCGAUGGAGUCUUGGUGCGUGGCCACAGAGUGAUCCCUGCUGCUGUGGAGGCCUUUCGCAGGCUGGUGAAUGCCCAGGGGCAGCUGCGGGUGCCUGUGGUCUUCGUCACAAAUGCUGGUAACAUCUUACAACAUGGCAAAGCCCAGGAGUUGUCAGCUCUGCUGGGCUUCAAGGUGGAGCCAGACCAGGUUAUUCUCUCUCACAGCCCCAUGAAGCUCUUCUCACAGUACCACGGAAAGCGGAUGCUAGUGUCUGGGCAGGGACCCCUGGUGGAAAACACCCGAGCGUAUCCUUUUGGUGCUUCUCGCUCUGGCAGAAGAGGAAGGGGCACGACUGAGGCCUUUCCUUCCAAGGCUGAGGGGGACUGUCAUGAGUCGUGCUGGACUCAGGGUGCCCGGGCUCAUGGGAGUCCUGUCAAGCACUUCCUAUGUGCCACCACUGUGCUGUGGGCUCCCAGGGGGCAGAAGCCAGGAGAAGCACAACUGGGCUUCGAGAAUGUGGUUACUGUGGACGAGCUGCGGAUGGCCUUCCCUGUACUUGACAUGGUGGAUCUCCAGAGGCGGCCAAAGACCACGCCCCUUCCAAGGAGCGACUUCCCUGCCAUUGAAGGGGUGCUCCUCCUUGGGGAGCCAGUUCGCUGGGAGACAAGCCUGCAGCUGAUCAUGGAUGUCCUUCUCAGCAAUGGGAAUCCUGGGACUGGUCUGGCGACGGCUCCCUAUCCCCAUCUCCCUGUUCUGGCCAGUAACAUGGAUCUUCUUUGGAUGGCUGAAGCCAGGAUGCCCAGGUUUGGCCACGGCACCUUUCUGUUGUGCCUGGAAACCAUUUACCGCAAAGUGACAGGCAAUGAGUUACGGUACGAGGGCCUGAUGGGCAAACCCAGCAUCCUCACUUACCAAUAUGCGGAGGACCUGAUCAGGCAGCAGGCGGAGAGGCGGGGCUGGGCAGCCCCCAUCCAGAAGCUCUAUGCUGUAGGUGAUAACCCUAUGUCUGAUGUCUAUGGUGCCAACCUGUUCCACCAGUACCUGCAGAUGGUGAAGCAUGAUGGGGCAGAGGAGCUGGGGGCUGAUGGCCUGUGGAAGCAGCGGCCCUCAGCAACCCAGAGCUGUUCCUCUAUCUUGGUGUGCACUGGCGUGUACAGUCCCAAGACCCCAGGGUCCACAGAGCCUGCCCAGGGAGAAGAGCCUCCCUUCCACGGGCACCGGGACUUCAGCUUCAGUCCAAAGCUUAUGGAGGCAUCUCACAUCGUGAAUGAUGUGGACGAGGCUGUGCAGCUGGUUUUCCACAAGGAGGGUUGGGCUUUGUAGUGAGGACUAUGCAUUGGAGGCAGGGGGAGGGAACGUGCCAGAGCUGUAGGUGACUUUCAUUUGCUGGCUUCUGGCCUGGAUCACUAGGGGUCACAUCAGGGCCUGCUCCCAUAGACACUCUUCCUGCUGCCCUACAGGUGUGCCCUACUGGUCACUUGGAAGAAGAAACUGGCUUUUUCUCCUGCUGGGCAGUAGCCACAGAAUAUACCCAGGGUAACAUUUGAGUAGAACUAUCAGGAUUUUCUGGGUCCAAUUCCUGUCUGCCUCUCCUGGCAGUCUGACCUCAGCCUAGGCCUUUUACCUCUGUGCCUCAGUUUCCUCCUCAAUUCAGUAGGGACUUCUGGAAAAAAGGAAGGUGAUAUGGAAUAAUGUGGAAAUUUCUGCAGGACUUUUAUCUACAUCGAGGGAACCACUGCAUGCCAGCCAGUUUCUUUAAAAUGGGAUUAUCAGGACUUCCCGUCAAGAUGGAGGAGUUGGUAAACUCUGUGCUCACCUUCUCUCACAACCACACCACAAUUAAAAGUAAAUUACAGAACAACCGUCAUUGAGAACUACCUGAAGACUAGAUGAAUAGAAGUCCUCUGACUAAGGAUAUAAAGAAGCCAUAUGGAGACUGGUAGGAUGGCUGCAGACACAGAAUGGGCUGGCCCCACACCCACGAGUGGUGGUUAAGAAUCUAGAAGAACAUCUCUGCUGUGGAGGUCUCCCCUGAGGAGGGAGGGGCCCCAGACACACACUGGGAUCCCCAAACCAGGGCACCAGUGCCAGGAAGAGAAGUCCCCAUAACAUCUAACUGUGAAAAACAAUGAGGAUUACAUCUGAGUUAGAUGAGGGGCUGCUGGAGACCAAGGCAUUCUCUUGAGGGGAUAGUGCACAGACUUGCUCACUCACAAACUUACUUGCUCUGUGCUCCAGCUCAGGGGCAACAGCUCAGAAAGUACCAGAGAUGUUCAGGGAGGAGCCGAAUUGACUAACUUCAGGGUGAAGACUGGAAGGAUGGGUCAGGAAAGCUCUCUGUAGGCAUGGGAAUGCUGGCAGACCCCAUUGUUCCUUUGCUGAGCCCUACCCACAAUGAGCCAGGAAGGGCAGGCAGAAACCAAACCUGAGAUCUCCAUUAACUUAGCUAACAUCGUUUACUCUGCCCUGGUGAUUUCCUGAGACCUUGUCCCACCCAACUUAAGCACACAAACCGAGCCUCUUCCAGCUGCUUUUCCACCCAAACUUCCUGCCUUAGCUUGCACUGCAGACUUUCCUAAAAUCUCUCAAAUGUCUACAAAUCCCAAACAAGCAGCAGCUGGCAUUAGUGUGCCCCCUACUUCUCAAUAAGUGGCCCCAACCCUGGCACGAGUGGUAGUUGGCCUCAGUUCAUAGCCUACCUCUCUUAGCACAGGUGAUAACCAACUGCAGAUCACUUUGUAGCUCCUACCGGUUGCCCCAAGCUGGGCAUAGACAGCAGCUAACAUGGGCCUCCACCAGAUCUCCUCCCAAGAGGCCCCAGAACUCACACUCACACACUUGGUGGCCAGCUUCAGACCAUACCAGAGUACCAUCUUUCUGCUCAACAAAUGACACACCAAAAGGGUGGACUCAGCAGGUACCAGAGUCCCAGUUAAGCGAAUCCUGCUCCAUAGGAUAAGCUCACACAAUAGCUCAUUCACUGUCACAGCCAGUCCUCAUAGCCAGUCAACCUGAGGGUCGAUCCCUCCAACUGACAUAGCAACAGCAAUUGAGGCUCAAUUACACAAGGAACACCCCUGGAGCACCUGGCUUAGGUGGUCAGGGAGUAUGCACCACUGGGCCCCCAGGACACCUACUAUAAGGCCACGCUGCCAAGACUAGGAGACAUA